AGCUUGUUGAAUCUCCAUUCGGCCGCGCUUGUGCGAUGGCCGCUGAUGGUCCGAAAACGACUGCAUGGGCAGAGGCGGACGGCAACCCAACCUCACAGGAACAAGUUGACCCAGACUCCUUCAGCUUCCAAGAAGAGGAGGACUUCGAAACAAUUCCUUGGUCAGUGAACUACGUGCUGAUUUGCAUCUUGCUUCCGACUUUGUGCGGAUGCCUUUCCACAUUUGGUUGGGCAGGAUUCAGUUUGUAUGUCCGCAGCCAGGGUUGGGACAUGCAGCUUGCGGGAGUGCUGGUGAGUGUGGGUUACUUAGCGCGCUUUUUUGCACAGCAAGCGAUUUUCCGCUUUGGCCUUUGGACGGCUUUGCCCCUGAGUUUGCUACACCUGCUGUUAGCUAUCUUUGGCCUCGUCUUCCUUGACCAGGCAUGGGCAGUGUAUGGCGAAGUAGCUGCAAUGCUUGCAUUUGAUGUUCUUGUUGUGGUUGAAGGCGUCACCUUCGAAGUGUGGUCGGACUCGGAGGUCAUGGUGGCCCAAGCGCAGUCCACGGUCCUUUCGGUGUAUACGCUGGCCUACGCAAGUGCCGCAACACUGGGAGGCCUUCUAUAUGAUGCAGCGAGCUGGGAGGGUAUUGCCAUCUAUCAUGUUGCUGGCCUUAUUGUGGAAGUGCUUGUGCUGGCCAUCCAGCCGGCGGUCCACAAGUCCUUUCGAGAGUUUGUGGGUUGUGGUGCUGCAAUCGAUAAGACUGAUGAGGUUCGGCCAUUCUCAGGCGCCACUGCCAUUGUCCCGACGGCAUCGGUUGCAUCUCAGAAUCCCACACCCGAGUCACAGAGAGGGCAAUCUUUGAGCCUGCCUGGCAUGGUGGAGGGCCUUGCCAAGAGACAGGCAACCUGACAGUCUGCUGAAGCACGAUAGCUGGAUAUCAGCCACGACAGUCUGCCAAGUUGGUCAGGAAGAAUUCCUCCGUCUUGCCUCUGCUUCUUCCUACCUGCCGGAACUUCCGACCUGCUCAGACACCCGACCGACCGACCCACUCGACGACUUGGACGACCUACCCGUGACCUCGUCUGAUGGACGGACCAGCGCAGCAGCAGAGAGUGCGUGGUGGGCUCGUUGCGUUUGGUUGAUUCAUUUGUUGGGUUGCAGCCAGACCCCCAAAUAGAUAGAGGUUCGUAGAUCCCCAUGUAGAACAUGGACACUGUGCCACGGUCAUCUAUUUGGGGACCACUAUAAACCUCAACAGAUGGCUGAACUUCUGUGGGGCUGCUGACAAGACGUGGCACUCAGGCAAGCCUGACUAGCAGGCGUCUCUCGCAUGCUGUGAACCUACAACAACCAUGCAAUACAGAGUCCAGUUUUGCACAGCUUCUCAAUUCUUCAUUCGUCUAAUAAGAGAUUUAGCUUUCGGCAACCAGAUAGCUUUCGGCAGCAGAAAGAGAUCUGGAAUCUUGCCACUGCCACUACGCUUAGUCUCAGAUGGACCGAGGGACAGGCUAACUUCCACCGACAUCUCUCUACUGCAUCCGACUAGCCGAGUUUGAACAGCACAAGCACGCAGACACAGAUACCGAACCCAGUCACAAAUCUUGGAGGCAAGAAAGCAGUACAGGCAGCCAGGCAGCUGCGGACACUAGGACUAGGAAUGACCAAUCUUGUAUGAAGCAGCGAGUCUCCUGCGCACGAGUUUUUUGCCUGCGAUACAUCUGGGUCGGCGUCUUGUCGCAAUACAAUAUCUGGUGGUCCAGAAGCACCCCAUGAUCCCAUGUGCAUAGAUGCCUUUGGUCGAACCACAAUAUCUGUAAAGUUUGAG